UUUAUCCCUAAAAGAUAAAUACAGUUAUUGAGAAUGACGCUUAUUGCUUUCUAUUUUGAAAUUACGUAUUGCUUACAAAGAGCAACCCGUUUUCCGGAAUUAUAUGGUCCUAUCAUGACGAUUCUAUGGUUAAUAAUACAUCAGCAUUAAUGAGCAUGCGCUAGGUCUUUUCAACUCCCCAUCUUGUUCAGAGCAGACGAAAUCAUCGGUGUUCAAAAAUAAAUCAAAAAAUGAGCACUGGAUUGUUGAGAGUGGGAUCUACAAGGAGAUCCAAGACAAAAUCGCCUUAUGCCAGACGCCCUGCACGUGCUUCCGGCCCCUCGGCGCGCCCGGUGCAACCAACACAAGAGUCCUCACAAAUACAGCAUGCGGGAAGUGGUAGCCAAGUGAUUUAUGCUCCUACCUGUGGCCUACAAGACACAUCCGAGGUCAGUCCCGUGAAUGCCACACUGCCAGUGAACAUCACAGGUGACCAGCCUCAGCUGCAACAGACCUUUAGUGUUGCCGCAUCUCAAAAUAUUCCAGAUGUGCAGCCUCUGCUUCAAGACACCUCUAUGACUACAGCAACAAAAAAUGUUGUGUAUCAGCCAGAUUCAAUCUGGAUUGUGGGAUCAUCCCUUAUUAAAAGAGCAGAACAAUUUUCUUUGAGUUCUCCGGAAUUUGGCACAGACCUUUCUUUACCAGGGGUAAAAGUGUUAUGGAAGGGAAUACCAGGGUUGAGUUUUGCCAAAUUCUCUGAGGUCAUUUCUGACCUGUCCUCUACAAAGCCACAUCCGAGGUUUCUUGUUAUCCAUGUAGGUGGUAAUGACAUUGCCAAACUUAAUAACCCAUUACGAGACAACAAAAAUUUAUGAAAACUGUUAUCAACAAGUUGAGUUUGGUUAUGCCUUUGACAUGCAUUGUCUGGUCACAUAUUUUGCCCAGGGUAUAUUGGCGUCAUUCAAUUUCAAAUGUUGCUGCAGAGAAAUCAAGAUCUAGGAUUAAUAGUUCUAUUGCUAGCUUUGUUUUAAAGUCAGGUGGUGCUUCAAUUAAGUACCCUGACAUCAGUAUUGUUCAAAGUAAACUCUUUCUUAAUGAUGGAGUUCACUUAUCUCCCUUAGGUAAUUAUGUCUUUUUGUCAACAAUGCAGGCUGCUCUUAGGCAAUUUUGCUCUGGUAAUGGUUUUGUUUAUCCA